UGGUUUUUCCUUUUACCCAAAACACACUUCAUGCUCGUCUCUUCUAUUGUUUGAAUUUGAGUUCGAAUUUGAUUUGGACGAGGUUGGAGUUUUGUAAUUUGUCUGGGUUCUGAAACUGGUAGUCUUCUGAAUUAGGGUUUAAGUUUUACACCCAGAGAUGGGCAGCCCCUCGAAGAAGAACGAAACUAAGGGGUUUUUCUCCGCCAUGUCUUCCAUCUUCACCAACGCUAUGCAUCGAUCAGUCAACGGGCUUCUUGGAUAUGAAGGUGUGGAAGUCAUUAAUCCAGAUGGAGGUAAAGAAGAUGCAGAGGAGGAAGCAGAGAGAGGAAGAUGGAAACAAGAGGAAAGAGAUGGUUACUGGAAGAUGAUGCAGAAAUAUAUUGGCUCGGAUGUAACAUCAAUGGUGACACUACCAGUUAUUAUCUUUGAACCGAUGACUAUGCUUCAGAAAAUGGCCGAGUUGAUGGAGUACUCCUACUUGUUAGAUCAGGCAGAUGAAUCAGAGGAUCCAUACAUGCGGUUAGUUUAUGCAACAUCAUGGGCUAUAUCGGUGUACUUUGCUUACCAACGAACCUGGAAGCCUUUUAAUCCUAUCCUUGGAGAGACUUAUGAAAUGACUAAUCAUGGCGGAAUUACAUUUCUUGCAGAACAGGUGAGUCAUCAUCCCCCAAUGAGUGCUGGGCAUGCUGAGAAUGAGCAUUUUACAUAUGACGUGACUUCAAAGUUGAAAACUAAGUUUUUGGGAAAUUCUGUUGACGUUUACCCUGUUGGAAGAACGCGUGUGACUCUUAAGAGAGAUGGUGUAAUCUUGGAUCUGGUGCCACCUCCUACAAAGGUUAACAACCUCAUAUUUGGCCGUACUUGGAUUGAUUCGCCUGGGGAAAUGAUAAUGACUAAUCUGACAACUGGAGACAAAGCUGUACUAUAUUUUCAACCAUGUGGAUGGUUUGGUGCCGGUCGAUACGAAGUGGAUGGAUAUAUCUAUAAUUCAUCCGAGGAGCCUAAAAUAUUAAUGACUGGGAAGUGGAACGAGUCAAUGAGUUAUCAACAGUGUGAUUCAGAAGGAGAGCCUCUCCCAAACACAGAAUUGAAAGAGGUUUGGCAUGUUGCUGAUGUUCCAAAGAAUGACAAAUUUCAGUAUACACAUUUUGCUCAUAAAAUAAACAGCUUUGACACUGCCCCUAGAAAGUUGUUGGCAUCAGACUCUCGUCUACGCCCAGAUAGAUAUGCACUUGAGAUGGGUGAUCUGUCAAAAUCCGGGGCAGAAAAGAGCAGUUUGGAGGAGAGGCAGCGUGCUGAAAAGAGAACCCGAGAAGAAAAAGGCCAUAAGUUCGUGCCUAGAUGGUUUGAUUUAACUGAAGAAGUGACACCAACUCCUUGGGGUGAUUUGGAAAUUUAUCAAUAUAAUGGUAAAUACAUUGAACAUCGGGCUGCUGCAGAUAACUUGGGAAGCAUUGAUGAUUGUGAUGUUAAAUCAAUUGAAUUCAAUCCAUGGCAGUAUGGUAAUUUGGCCACGGAAUGAAUCGGUUUCUAUUUACCUUUGGUUUUCGGAUGCUGCAGUUGGUUCAUGUAACAUUGUAUUGAUACUAAGAACAAAUCUAAUUUUAUUUUGGUUUUGUUGGCUUGUGAUUAUUGUAAUAUCCGCAGAACAUUAGUAUUUUGAUUCUCCCACAGAUACAAUGUUUUUUGUUUUUGCAUGGAUGAUGGCCGGCCGUAGCCCGUGAGGGUUACCUUGAUUGAACUUGUAUAUAUCCGUUGCUGUCCA